AUGUCUAAUUUGCUGGGGCUUCAAUUUGCACCUCUGAAUAUUCCACUACAACGACGGCUACAAACAUUUGCUGUUCUGCAUCAGUUUUUCAUUACUCUUGGAUCAGUGGUGUUGGUGAUGGUACUACCCGUUUAUUUGGUGUUCACCCAAUUCUGGUGGUUGAUUUUACUUUAUGCAACGUGGCUGUGGUACGAUUGGCAAAGUCCACGAAAAGGGGCCUAUCCACUGCAAUGGUGUCGCGAUAUGCGAAUUCACAAAUGGUUUGCCGACUAUUUCCCUGUAAAAUUACACAAAACGGCCGACCUUGACGACUCAACCAAUUAUUUGGUCGGAUCUCAUCCACAUGGGAUAAUCUCCAUGGCAGCUUUUGUGAACUUCGGCUCAAACGCUACUGGGAUCGACAAAUUGUUUCCAAACGUAUUCUUUCGACUGUGCACACUUGAGGGGCAAUUUUGGACACCAUUCCGAAGAGAGUAUGGUCUGCUGCAUGGCUUUAUUGGGUGCAGCAAAGAAAGCCUCAAUUGGGUUUUAGAAAAUGAGAAGAAAGGCUUGGCAGCAGUUCUAGUGAUUGGUGGAGCUGAAGAAGCUCUAGAUGCACAUCCUGGCCAUCAUAUCCUAACUUUAAAUAAUAGGAAAGGAUUCAUAAGACUGGCCAUCCAAAGUGGAGCUGCUCUCGUACCUUGCUAUUCAUUUGGUGAAAAUGAUAUCUACAAUCAAGCUGAUAAUCCCAAGGGCUCAAUGCUGCGAGAAUUUCAAACAUGGAUGAAAAACAAGUUUGGUUUUUCACCACCAUUUUUCCGUGGUCGAGGGGUUUUCAACUACACCUUUGGAUUGUUGCCUUUUAGAAAGCCUAUAAAUACUGUGAUGGGAAAGUCGAUAAAAGUUGAAAAAAAUAGCUGCCCAAGCAAAGAUGAAGUAGAUAAGGUUCAUGCUCAAUAUGUCGAGGCUUUAGUGACUUUGUUUGAUACCCACAAAACAAAGUUUGGCUGUGAUGAAAACACAAAGCUAGUGAUCCAG